AUGCAUGGUGAAGCAGCAAGUACACCAUUAGAAAACUUAUCUGAAGAACGGAAAAAAUUACAAGAACUUCUCUCUAAUUAUGAUCCAGAAGAUAUAUAUAAUACUGAUGAAACAGGUUUAUUCUAUCGAUUACUUCUAAAUCAAACACUUUCUACAAAAUCAAUGGCUGAAAAAAAAAGAAGAUCACGAGGAAGACCACGAGAAAGGUCACUAGAAAGACCACAAGGAAGACAGCAAGAAAGACUGAGAGAAACUUCAGGCCUUUCAAACAUUACCGUACAUUUUCUUCCAUCAAAUAUAACUGCUCAUAUUCAACCCAUAGAUGCUGGCAUUAUUCAUAGCUUUAAAUCAAAAUAUAAAAAGCUAUAUUGCUAUGAACAUGAAUUAAAAAUCAACUUGCUACUUGAUGAUCAACAAUUAAUACAAGAUAUCGAAGAAUAUACUUGCCUGAUUAAUCAACUAACUAAAACUGAAGAUGUAUUAACUGAUGAAGAUAUUAUUGAAAUGGUUAUUCAUGAAUUUCGUAAUAGCGAUGAUGAAUCAGAUAAUAAAAAAAGAUCACCACCACCUCCUCCAAUAACUAUAAUAGAAGUAAUUGAUGUACUAAAAAAAGUUAUAAGCUAUCAAGAAAGCCUUGAAGUUGAAAAAGGAUUUAAUGAAAGUAAAUUAUCAAUAUUACAAAAAAGGUUUAGAGAAUGGUAUA